AUGGCUUUCGACAAGUGCAAGACGCGCCCCGCGCACAUCGACACGAUCCUGAACGGAUUGGACAGAUACAACCCAGAGACCACGGCGGUGUUCCAGGACUAUGUGGUACAGCAGUGCGAGGACCGGACGUUUGACUGCUAUGCGAAUCUGGCGCUGUUGAAGCUGUAUCAAUUCAACCCACCCCUUCUCAACACCGAAACCGCCACCAACAUCCUCGCCAAAGCCCUCACCGUCUUCCCCUCCCCCGCCUUCUCCCUCUCCCUCGCCCUCCUGCCCGCCUACACACAACCAUACGCCUCAUCCUCCUCCUCCCCAACCGCCACCAUCAACCUCCCCAUGCAGACCACGGACUUCGUCGAAGCGGUGCAGAAGCUCGCGCGGCUGUCCACGCUGCUCGAGUCGGCGCAGUACUCGACCUUCUGGUCGACGUUCAACUCCGACGACCUGUACGCCGACCUGACCGCCGACGUCGCCGGCUUCGAGGAGCUCAUCCGCGUGCGCAUCGCCGUCGAGGUCGGCAAGGCCUUCCGCGAAAUCAACGCCGACGUCCUCAUGGCCUGGCUGGAUGUGCGCGGCGCUGACGCCCUGGAGAAGUUUGUGGUUGAUGUGUGUGGCUGGGAGGUCGAGCGCGGCCAGGGCCAGGGCCAGGGUACGCUGGUGAGGGUGCCGAAGAAUAAGGAGAAUGAGGCGAGGAGCGAGGUCAAGGGGGAGAAGGUGGGGAUUGAGAUGUUUGGGAGAGUGCUGCGGAGGGGGCUUGAACAGCCUGCGUGA